GUCUCCCCCUCGCGUCGGCCGCAGUGGUGCGGUCCAAAGCGGAAGCGCGCCGGCGCGGAACCCGCUCUGCUGCAGCGAUGGCUGCGGGUCUUCCCUGCGCUCUGGUCACUAGCUGCUCCGCCACCUUCACCGGGGACCGGCUGGUGCAACAUAUCCUCGGAACAGAAGAUGCUUUUGUGGAAGCGGCAUCCACCGAUGCUGUGAGGUUUUACCCCUGGACCAUCGAUAACAAAUACUAUUCAGCAGAGGUCAAUCUGUGCGUGGUGCCAAGCAAGUUCUUGGUCACUGCUGAGAUCGCGGAGUCAGUCCAGGCGUUCGUGGUUUACUUUGACAGCACACAGAAAUCGGGUCUUGACAGUGUCUCCUCAUGGCUUCCCCUGGCAGAAGCAUGGUUACCCGAGGUGAUGAUCCUGGUCUGUGAUAGAGUGUGUGAAGACGGAAUAAACCGACAAAAGGCUCAAGAGUGGUGCAUCAAACAUGGCUUCGAGCUGGUAGAGCUCAACCCAGAGGAGCUACCUGAGGAAGAUGAUGACUUUCCUGAAUCUACAGGCGUAAAGCGAAUUGUACAAGCAUUGAAUGCCAAUGUCUGGUCUAACGUCGUGAUGAAGAAUGACAGGAGCCAGGGCUUCAGCCUUCUCAACUCCCUGGCUGGAGCAAGCCACAGCAUUGGAUCAGCAGAGAGCUGUCACUCAGAGCAGCAGGCCCCAUUGCCAGCAGCUGAGAGGAUAGAGUCCCUUCCAGGCCAUCGUGGUGGUGCAUGUGGCUCAGCAGGUGCACAGGUUGACAGCAUUGUGGAUCCCAUGUUAGACCUGGAUAUUCAAGAAUUAGCGAGUCUUACCACUGGAGGAGGAGAUCUGGAGAACUUCGAGAGGCUCUUUUCAAAGUUAAAGGAAAUGAAAGACAAGGCUGCGACGCUUCCUCAUGAGCAAAGAAAGUUGCAUGCAGAAAAGGUAGCAAAAGCCUUCUGGAUGGCUAUAGGAGGAGACCGAGAUGAGAUCGAAGGCCUUUCUUCGGAUGAAGAGCACUAAAUUCUUCUGCUAGGUUUGACUGACAAUGAUGCCAGCACUGUGCACUCAAAAUGCUUCCCGUCUCAACCAGGUUCUGUUCUGCCAAGAUUGUCAUUAUUGUGCUGGCCACCUGACUGGUUUGGGGGUUCCCUUAACUGGGCUUUUAGAAAUGAACUAGGGGAAAUCUUUCUUCCUGGGGCGUAGGUGAAUGAGGAGUGAAAUGACAGUAUUGAGACAUCUUCAGGUCUGCAUUCUUUGUACCAGGGUAGAAUGAAUCUUAGAGCCAGGCAUCACAGAGCACACUGUGAUCCCAGCACAGGGUGGGAUGGGAGGGUGGGGGGAUGCUGAGGCCAACCUGGGCUCCAUAAGGGGACCUGCUUCUGUGCCCAGUCUCCAGCAUUCCCACUGACUGAAGGUCUGAAGGCCAGGAGUUCAUGCUGUUUCCUGUGUACUUUUCUGGUCCCCACUAAGAGCAAGACUCUGAGCUAAGAUGGAUGUUGUUGAGGAAAAAAGAAAGCAGCUGUAGAUGUAGUGUGUGCCCAGUAGGUACAGGGAACAGGUGGCUCAUGGGUUUGUCUCCAAGCAAGUCCUUAUGGACAUUGUAAGUCCAGUGUCUGAGUUCCUGCCACAAAGAAGUAAAAGUCGGCUAUGUAUCUAUAAGAAACAGAGGCAAAGGUUUCCUUCUCUAGGGAGGGUAAAUCACCCCUCUCCCUGCUUCAGGGAAAGGACCCUUAAUGCAGCCCUGUCCAGGCCAAAGGAGCAGUGGAUGUUGGUCCUGAGCACACUGUGCUGAUAUGCUCUUCUGACAAGCACACUCCCUGGCCAUUUGAGAUUUCAGAGCUGUGCUGUCAGUUUUAUGCCCUGAAAUCAAGACAAGUGCCCCUUCUUUCUGCUUGGAGCCAGAGAUCACUGUCAGAGCACUGGCACCAAGCAGUGGGGGAAGUGAGUCCUCAAACAACUAGGUCCCAGCUACUUCCGUGGCUUACUCCCAGGGCUGUUGACUCCCCUGGACCCCUCCAGGGCCCAGCCCCAAGGAAACCCCUUUGUCCUUUCUCCUGUGUUGUGUGUAAGUGCAUCUGCCCCAGGGGAGCACAAAGCAGAGUUUUAAAGGAAGAGAGGAAAGAACUGCAGAUAAAGGUCCUUAUUCUGUCUUCAUAGACACGCUUCCAUGAGGCAGUUUCUGAGCAGGUGCAGCCCAUGAUAGAUGGUUCCCGUCAUGGGCUGAGAGCUGGUUCUGAUUUAGUAUGAGGAAAUUAUGGGUUAGAUCACAAGCAGAAGCAAGGCUCACCAGCCCUUGGGUCCCACUUAUAGGACCUGAAACAGAUGCUGAGCCAGGCCAGAACCACCACAGGGAGGAGAUCUCAUCUUAGUGAUGGUAGCAUUCCAGCAAACAGUGGGUGCUGCUUUGCUCCGAGUCCCAGUGUCAUCAUGUGCCAACCCCUCAUCCCCCACCCUCAUUGAUCUUGCAGUCUUUGAGCUUGGGUUUACCACUGAUACUUUGAAGUGAGUGCAUUAGCCAUUGGUUAAGAAGGAAAAUUAGGGAAGUUGACUCUGGGUUGCCAGGAAGGCAGAACAUGUUUUUCUUAAAACAUGGAAGAUUUUAGAAAACAUAUUAGGCCACAUGAUUAAGGAAAAGUAGACUAGAAAAGGCUGUAUUUGAGUUUGCUAACUAAACAAAGCCAGGUAAUUAAAAGAUGAUUUAUUUAUAAAAUCUGCUGAUGUGUACUGUAUGCUUAGGGGAGGUGCAUGAGUUGGGAGAGCCUAGUAUCCUUUGUAGUAGGCAUACAAAGAGUCUAAAGAGUUUGUCAACUGCAUGUGAUGUCUGCUCCUGAGACCUCAGCUGAUUCAGGGAUGUUGGCUCUUCGUGGGGACACUGAGGGGCAGAGUAUCUACUGAGGUCUCAGGGUUUCUGACUGAUGCUGUGGUAACAGGUGCUGUCUUCUAAUAUGCCCCGUACACAUAGGUUGGCCCUCCAGAGAGGACGGAAGGUAAGAGACUGGCUUUCUGUCUUAAAUGCCUCUGCAUUUCUGUAAUAGUGUGAGGUACAUAGUAGGCCCACAGUUUUUGUUGGCAGAUACAGUCUGCCUGGUGAAAAAGAUGCAGAGUCUGAUGAUCCAUGUGUUCUGGAAACUAAAGAGAGAGACGAGUCAAAUUUUUCUUCCCUGAGACAAUCAUGUUAUGUAAUAAUUUCUAAGUGAUGAAGGCAUGGCUAUUUUUGUAAUUUUAAAAUAUGGCAGAGUAUGAGAAGGUUGACAGAACCAACUGGGUUACUCUCUAUUUAUAGACCUUGGCCACAUCUGAUCCAGAGACUGCAGAUUGGGGGAAGUGGGGCUCAUUUAGAUGACUGAGUAAUGUAGGAUGUGGUUCAAGGAUCGCAGAGUAGACACCAGUCCUUUCCUGAGAACUAUUCAUACAAGAGGAAGAUGUGUGCCCAGUGUGGAGAGGGGAAAGCAUCUUUGCCAUGGUUUGUCAUGUCCCUUGGGAUUAUCUUUUUAAAAUUUAUUUUUGUUUUGUGGAUAAGUGUGUUCUACCAUUUUGCCUGCAUCUGUGGCUGUAUAACACACGUAUACAGUGCCUGUGGAGGCCAGGAGAGUGCAAUGGGUCAUCUGGGACUGGAGUUACAGGUGGCUGUGAGCUGCCAUGUGGGUGCUGGGAACCAGAACCCAGGUCCUCUAAAGGAGCCAGUGCUCUUGAGAUGGUCUCUUAACUGUGACCACUGAGAGAAUAUGAGGUGCAGGAGAAUCGUGGUACAAGGGUAAGAUGUGGGCUCUGGGGACUAUUUUGAGUGUGAGUGUGUUUCCUACUGCAAAGCUAAAUUUAACAAACCUGUCUAGAAUGGUCAGGGGUUCUAAUUCAUUAGUGUUCUGCUUGAAGGAGAGCUUAAGCAAAUAUUCUGAUGACCCAGAUUGGCUUGUCACGUACCCAGCUACAAGGGACAAUUGAGUAUUAGAUCAUUAUCAGCUAGUAUGAGAGGCCCACAGGGAGAGAAAAUGCAAACAUCUUCUCUAUUGUGCUGACCUGAGAUGGGCCCUGGGGCUGCUCAGUCUCUGCUCAGCUCUGCCAGGGUUUCUCAGUGACCCACCCUGCACCUCUGAACACUCACUCUGAGUCUCAUGUUCCCCAUGUCUGCUUUGUGUCUUUACUAGGAGUGAAGUAGGUUCCAGUGUCAAGAGAAGUAUCUUGUUUGGUUCUGGAUUGUUUCUCUGAUAUGUGGAAUGAACAGUUAUCAAAAGAA